CAGAAUUGAUGACAUACGACUGAAUUCUUUUCGAAUUUUUUUAAAAUUCUCUGUGCUGGGAUAUGUCUUGGAUGUUCAAAUAUUUUGAUUCAUGCUUCGUGCAUAAUUUAAUGAAUAUCUCUGUCAAAUAGCGAAUAUAUUAAACAAUUAUUCGACAAUAUCCAAUCAUAACAAUAAUUAUCAGACUCUUAUCAUGUUAACGAUCCAUAUUCGGCCUAGAUACUUGAUCGAUGUGUGUAUGCGCUUUAUAAAUGCGAUUUCUUUGCUCUCACACGGGAGAGAUCACCUCUUCGGCGAAUCGCGGAACCGUGUCACAUGCACGUGGCUGUACAACAUGAUGUUCGAUUAAGCUGCUAUGGUUACAAUGUGUCAACCUGUAAAAAAUCGAUUUUUACCGUCACAUGCAGAUGUGCAGGGUAUAAUAUCGCGAGAGACAACGCGUCGUCCAUGUAUGUAGCCCUGCAAGCCGGAGAAGUAGGCCGGCUAUAGGCAUGUCGAUAUAGAUGCACACUUUUAGGACAGAGCUGAAUUAUUGAAGGGGGACACGUUAUGUCAAGGCACACAAUUUUCCACCUUGGCAGACGUUGUUGAUGGGUAAAGCACCACUUGAGUCGACGAUGUCCCGGCCUUCAGUCAGUAAUCACACCUUGUUGAGCAUAGUUCCGUCCUCAGUCAACCUCGUUAGACUGCGUUCGACAGAUCUGACUUGAACUCGAUCGGGUGUUCGGUCCUUUAGGGUGACUUGUAACGCGCCUUCCGCAUGAAGCAUGCCGCAUAUAAAAUACAUCAAUUAAUAAAAUCAAAUUAUUCGAAGUAUUUAAAAUAUUUCGAGACAGAAAUUUUGCAUUCGAAUAAUUUGAAUAUUUGUUAUCCGCUCCAAAAACGAGAGAUUUAUUAUUAUUAUUUCCGAUGGAUUAAGAGAAUUGUGAAGUGAAUAACAAAUACAAAUUGAAGAGAGAAUCAAUCAAUUGUAAAGUAAAAUUUAGAAAUUCAUGAAAAUCAGUCAAUUGUAAGUUAAGUUUCGUUAUAUAAUAUCAGAAAUUUUCUAAUUUUACAAAAUGAAUUUUUACCAAUUCUUGUUAAGUCAUCUACCUUUCAGAGUAUAGUUACUUAGAAAAUAUCUAAAGAAAAAAUAUAUAAAGAAAAAUAUAUAAAAAAAAUAUAUAUAAGGAAAAAAUAUUGUAUUAAAAUAUAAGAAAUUUGAUAUGUAUUCGACAAGAAAUUUAAUGUGUGUGUUUUCGCAGAAAUUUAUAGUUAUUAAAUUAUAAUAUAACAUAACAUGGAAUAUUCAGCUAUGUCGAAUAUGUAUCUGAUGCAAGAGGAUAUCGUCAAUUAAACUCAAGUUAAUCAAUUCAAAGUGAACUGGACGUCUGUCUUGACAUUAUUGUGUAUUUAGUAUCACUUCUGUGUGCGUAUGGUGUAUAAUUUUCUAUGAGUGCUAUUGGCGAUUAUCACGCAAUCUAAUCUAAUCAUCCAACCAAAAGCGAAAGAAAGUUUCUUUUGGAGAAAUGGCGAAAAAGCGGGAAUGCAUAUCGAUUCACAUUGGGCAAGCGGGCGUGCAAAUGGGAAACGCCUGCUGGGAGCUGUACUGUCUAGAGCACGGUAUCCAUCCUGACGGGCAAAUGCCCAGUGACACUACUGUGGGUUAUGGGGACGAUUCUUUUAACGCGUUCUUCUCCGAGACGGGCUCAGGCAAACAUGUUCCGCGCGCGGUUCUGAUUGAUCUCGAGCCGACGGUGGUAGACGAGGUUCGCACGGGCACUUACAAACAACUGUUCCAUCCGGAGCAAAUGAUCACCGGGAAAGAGGAUGCGGCUAAUAAUUACGCCAGGGGCCACUACACAAUAGGGAAAGAGAUUAUAGACCUCACCUUAGACAGAAUACGCAGGCUGACGGAGCAAUGCAAGGGCUUGCAAGGCUUCCUGAUCUUCCAUUCGUUUGGUGGCGGCACAGGAUCCGGAUUCUCGAGUCUGCUCAUGGAACAACUGUCCGCAGACUAUCCUAAGAAGAGCAAGUUGACUUUCAGCAUUUAUCCUGCGCCCCAGGUGUCUACCGCAGUAGUGGAACCCUACAACGCAAUUCUGUACACUCACCCAACGCUAGAGCAUAGCGAGGUGGCUUUUAUCGUAGACAACCAGGCCAUUUACGAGUUGUGUAGGAGGAACUUAAACAUCGAUCGACCGACCUACACGAAUCUAAAUCGCUUGAUUGGACAAAUGGUUUCGUCCAUCACCGCAAGUUUACGAUUCGACGGAGCUUUGAAUGUCGACCUUACCGAAUUCCAGACGAAUCUCGUGCCUUAUCCGCGUAUUCAUUUCCCGCUCGCCACAUAUGCACCUGUUCUGUCGGCGGAGAAAGCUGGUCAUGAGACGUUGACGGUCUCGGAGAUAACGAGUUCUUGUUUCGAGCCGAAUCAUCAGAUGGUGAAUUGCGACCCGCGCAUGGGGAAGUAUAUGGCAGUGUGUCUACUGUAUAGGGGCGACGUGGUGCCGAAGGAUGUGAAUGCGGCGAUCGCAACGAUAAAACGGCAGAAGCAUGUGCAGUUCGUUGAAUGGUGUCCGACGGGAUUCAAGGUAGGAAUAAACUAUCAACCACCCACCGUCGUACCGGGUGGUGACCUCGCGAGGGUGGAAAGAGCAGUGUGUUGCCUUUGCAACACGACGGCAAUCGUCGACGCAUGGGCUCGACUCGAUCAUAAAUUCGAUCUCAUGUACGCCAAGCGAGCUUUUGUGCACUGGUUUGUUGGGGAAGGUAUGGAGGAAGGUGAAUUCUCAGAAGCCAGAGAAGAUUUAGCCGCCUUGGAGCUUGAUUACCGCGAGGUACAAGAGGAUGCUGUUAACACUGAAGAAGAAGAAGAAUACUGAAUUGUUGUUGUUAUCAUGUUAAUUCGAUAUUCAUAUAUGUCGUAAUAUGUUCUGAUAAAUGCGAACUUUUUAGUUUAUCUGUCACUAUUAUUAUAUAUACGCGUGUGUGUAUAUAUACAGACGAUUGUAUCCAUAUAAAUAAAUCAUUUAUACAUUCUUUUAUCAAUCAUCUUAUUGAAGUGUCGAAAAUAGAUCAGUGUAACGAGAUGAGACGCUCAGUUGACACAUGUGCAAUGAUUACAGCUUAAGGAAAUAUAUAAAUUAGGGUACUGUAUGGACCCUAUUAUAUUUUAGAAAGAGUUUGAAAAAUAUAUAUUUAUAGUUAUAUAUAUAUAUACACACACACACAUAUAUAUACAUAUGUGUGUAAAAAAUAUACUUUAGUAAUAUACAAAUUUAUUUUUAAUGUGUUAAAUACAACGUACUAUAAUAGUACUCUGCUAUUUCUGUGGCGGCCAUAUUGGAUUGAUGACGUCAGAAGCGAGAAAUGACACCGAAAAAUAAUUGCGUUUUAUUGCUUUAUUUUUUACUUUUCCCUGAAGAACCAAAUAUUUUGCUAAUCUCGAAACCUGUAAAAAAUUCAGCAAACUCAGAUAUCUAGCUGAUAUAUCACAUAACAUCGUAAAAUAAAUCUUGAAAUAAUGAUACAUUUUUCGGCUGUCACGAUGAUUUGAUAGCUGAGAUUGGCUGAUACCAGCCUGUAUGAACACAUUUAAUUUCUCGAUUCUCAUAAUGUAUCACUAGUAUCACUGAGUUUGCUGCACAUUUCACAGCUGUGAGGAUCACGAUAAUAUAUACAGUUCACGGAGAAACUGCAAAAUAACGCGAUAAAAUGCAAUUAUUUUUCUUAAGUGUCAAGCGAGGCCUAGUAUAACCCUGACCUAAUGUUUGCCAAUCAACUACGCUGACACGGUUAUUUUGUGUUCUCGACACUGCUAGGUGCUACCAUCAACUCUGACUUUCUACGCGGAGAUAACAGAGCCUUAAAUAUUAACUACUAAUCUGUUUUGACAGUUCGCAAUGUUAUAAGUAAUGGUGUUGUGUUAUAUCUCACAUAUCAGUAUAUUUUGUGUCAAAUUCUUAUUG